GUUCCGUCCAGGUGGCGGCAGGAAACCGCUUCCAACGCGGAGCUGAAAGCGGGCAGGCGGAGCAAUUUCUCCGGCGGCUUAAAAGUCGGGGAAGUGGUUGAUUAUUGUUCUUUUCCCCCCCCGAUCAAUACCGAUCUGCAAGCAUGAGCGAUGGCGACAAGAACCCCGCCAGCACCCCAACCCCGGUCAUCGACGUGCAAGGGGAUGGACGAUGGAUGUCGUUGCACCACCGUUUCAUUGCCGAUAGCAAAGACAAGGAACCUGAAGUGGUCUUUAUUGGGGACUCCCUGGUACAACUGCUGCACCAGUAUGAGAUUUGGAGGGAGCUUUUCUCCCCGCUGCAUGCCCUCAACUUUGGCAUUGGGGGCGAUGCCACUCAGCAUGUGCUCUGGCGCCUGCAGAAUGGAGAACUGCAGCACAUCCGUCCAAAGAUUGUGGUACUCUGGGUGGGCACCAAUAACCAUGGACACACUGCAGAACAGGUGGCUGCUGGCAUAGAAGCCAUUGUGCGUGUCAUCAAUCAGCAACAACCCCAGGCCCGCGUGGUUGUAUUGGGCUUGCUGCCACGGGGCAAAACCCCCAACCCGUUACGAGAGAAGAACAGAAGGGUGAACGAAUUGCUUGAGGUUAAGGUGCCGCUGCUCCCCAAUGCCUCUUUCCUCAAUGUUGACCCGGGCUUUGUGCAUUCAGACGGGACUAUAAGUCACCACGACAUGUACGACUACCUCCACCUGACCCGCAACGGAUAUGCCAGACUGUGCCCUGGGCUCCAUCGCCUGCUGCUCUGCAUGCUGGGAGAAUGCCACGCUCAGACCCCUUGAUGGGUGCCGUCAAUCACACCUCAAGAUGCUCGUCAUUGGCUUGAAUGACGGCAGGAGGCUUUAGAAGCUAGAUUGCUGUUUGCUCCAGAUCAGCUGUUCUCAACCGUGCCAACUUUUAAGAUAAGUGGACUUCAACUCCCAGAAUUCUGGGGGUUAAAAGUCCACCCGUCUUAAAAGUUGCCAACGUUGAAGAAAGCCGCUCCAGAGUGCCAAAACAGUUUCCCACCCAUCUUCUACCUGGUAUAUGGAAUUGGGCACUUCUUUACUAACUCCGUAAGCCUCAAGUGUGGGUUUUCUGGCAAGGGAUGGGAAUGACCUGCAGCUGCCAAAAAAAAAAAAA